CGGAUACCGCUGUCAUAUUGGUUACAGCAGCCGUGUUUACCGGUGGUCUUGACUCACUCAGCAAUGAAGAGUGCAACACUCACACUUACAGAUGCACACAUAACCAUACAUCUCGCUGAGUGACGUUGUCCCUGUCUGGUUCUGCAGCCGCAAACCUAGAAUGUUUAGUCAUUUUUCACCCAGAGGAUAAUUACCUAAAUAAGAGAAAGGUGGAGUGUGUGUCUGUUCGCAUGGCUGGUUAUGUAAUUUUGUCAGUGACCUUUUAAGCAACAAUAUUUUGCUUUCUGUCUCCUUGUGCGUUAUGCAGUAGUCACACAUAAAGGGAUUGAAUGUGGGGAAGGAAACACGUCACGAUUUAUUUUUCUCUGUCUGUGUUUGUUCUAAUCCUUCCUCAUCCUCUCUGUUCUUUUCAGAGUGACCAAGUCCUGGUUUGGUGUGAAAACCACAGACGCUGUGCUCAGUGCCUUCAGCCAUGCAAAGAACUGUGGGAAACCAGGAAGGUGGCAUCUCCAAAGUCUUGCGAGCAGACAGAGUGUGUGACAAGCAGGGAGUUUCUGGCCUCGUUAAGGUCGUCUCGUCAGGGAGACUGCCCUCCGCCUCAGCGAGCCACAGGAUUUGCCGCGGCCUGCGUGGAGAGCUGCUCGUCAGACCAGCACUGCCCCUCCCCCAGGAAGUGCUGCUCCAAUAGCUGUGGACAUACUUGCCAAGCCCCAGCCAAUCUGUACAAAGGUGUCCCUCUGAAGCCUCGAAGAGACAUUAGCUUUUUGGAGGACUCGGAGGGUCGUGUGAAGGUGAUGUGGGUGUCGAAGUUCAAUGUCAGCGUGGAGCCCGUCGUUUACAUACUCCAGUCCCGCUGGAACAUCGGCAUUCACCCCAGUGAAGACCACGCCUCUCCAUGGGCUACUGUAGCCAUGACACUCUCUGAAGAUGCGAUUCUGUCAGAUCUGAGACCUCAGCGUUGGUACCAGUUUAGAGUGGCAGCCAUCAACAGCCACGGCAGCAGAGGUUUCACCACACCCAGCAAACACUACAUCUCCAGUAAAGACCCUUCGCCCCCAGAACCGCCCACGAAUGUCAGAGUGAGCAACCAGACACUGAAUAGGACACAAUCAGCGUCCCAGUUCACAGAAAGGUCGAUGGAGAGUGGCGUCACAGUGGCGGUCUUAUUACGCUGGGAGCCCCCUAAGGAAGGAGACCUCCCUGUGCACAACUACCGAAUCACCUGGAUGUCUCGCCAUACGCACGCAGCACAAAAACACAAACACACGCUGCAAGCGCACACGCAUACAGUAGCCAGUAACACGCACGCACGACCUGCACAGUCACGCACACCAGCACAGGGUAGGAAGGAGAGCAACAGCAGAGUGACUCAGGGGGCGCAGUGUGAAGUGUGGCUGCACGGUCUACCGCCUGCGACUUCCUACUUGCUCUCUGUCCAGACGGUGGCCUACUGGGGUCAGAAGAGACUGAAGAGUCCUAGAGCGCAGCUUGUCUUCACUACCAUCCCUCAUGCAGACUCGACCAAAGGCGACGAUUUCUCCAAUGAGCUCCCCUCUUCUUCCUCUUCCUCUUCAUCCUCCCUUCCCUCUUCUCUUUCGAUCUCUUCUUUCUCGCCUUCUUCCUCUGACCUCCCGGUUUCCUCCUCUCUCCCUCACCCCGAAACCCCUCUGAGCCCCGUUGCCCUUGGAAACCUGCGGCUGGAGGUUGCCGCCCCUCAUUACCAUAACAACCAGCUCCAGGUGAAGGUGUUCUGGAAGUGGCCUCAGCAUGUGAGACAGAGACACGCUGGCCCGUACAUUUUGAGGUGGCGACCGCAUACCUGCAGCACUAAUGUGACAAGCAUGGAGAGAACAACUAUGGUGCAGGGCACUCAUCACACCAUCACAGGUUUGCUGUUUGCCUGUAAGUACCGGGUUGCUGUGGCGCUGAAAGCUGACCCACGGUCAGAGGCUGUUGCCUGGCUUACAACCCCGACUUGCUCCUCUGUCAGGGUCAGAGGAGGCAAAAGUUUGCUGUGCAACACUGAGAGUAGGGAGCGCCUCCUGUCAGGCAGAAAGGUAGUACUGCGUCCAGAACGACUGACCGCAGACUUCCAACAGGUCAACGGUACUCUGCUCGCCACCUUUCGUUGGAGGUUGUCCCAGCACACGCUUCACCCGACAGCUGUCGAGGGUUUCCAGUUUACCUGGACGCUUCAGUCAGAGGUUGCGGGGAAAGCCGAUGGACUGGAAGACACGCUCAUCUCCCAGACACAGACUAUCGCACCGUCUCAGAGGUCGGUGACCGUCUAUGGUCUUCAGGCCGACAGCGUUUACCAGCUGCAGCUCCAGGUGUUAACAGCAGGGGGCAGCAGUGGCACCGCAGUCUCCAAGACCAUAUAUACUCCAGCUAUCAACACAACGCUUUAAUAGGCUCCAGCUGCAGCACCUCCACCAUCACUUUUCUGUAGUCUUCCACUGUGCACUAAGGGAACAUGACUUAAACUAUAACAUAAAGAACAUUAAUCUCAGAAAUUUAGAUUCCUCUCAGAUUAAAGACAUUUUCUGUUUUGUAUAUUUUUUUCUCUCAUUGAAUCACUUUGCAAAGAUUGAUGAGGUUGCGGGCUUGCUCUAAUGGUUAACAGCAUGAGCCUUUAUCAUUUUGUAAGAAUUUAAUAUGAACUGUACAUAUGCACGGUGCCAGUUUGUGUUGGCACCAACAACCACGUCCCUGUUUUAUUUUUCUCAUGUCUGUGAAAAGUGAGACUUCUCGCACGGCUGCGUUUGGUAUAAAGAUGAGAUUCAGUCUAAAAACCUCACGUCACUCGAGCCACAUGACACUUGGACAGAGACUCUGUGUGUCUGUUGUUUUUGAUCAUGCUAGUAGAGAAAACAUAGCACUGACCUUAUGUACAAUAAGUUAUGUAUAGCAACAACAGGCCCACUGUUAUAUCUCGAUGCAUAAUCUCUGAGGUUAGUGCGGUCUUAAUGUAAGCUCAGACAUUUUCAUAUUUUGUUCGUAUGUUUUUAACCUGUUUGUUUGCUUGUUUUUACUUUUGUAUAGGUAAAUGUAAUUGUUCGAUCAAAUCCGGGCUGUGUGAAUAAUUUUUUACAUAAUAGUACGCCCAUGUCAUUAAACGAUGAAAGCUAACGUAGCUACACCUGUGGUCGUCAGACUCCUGUUAAAAGUCAGAUUGUUGCUUUAAGUCUGUUGGAAACUGCUGGUGUGCAACCGGUAAGUUAAUAUUCUCCUAUGUAACCUUUUCCUGUUCAUAAUUUGUAGUUUAAGCUUUUACUUUUUUUACUAGUAGAUUUAUUUAUUGUUUUCCUUUUUUGUAAUUAAAGAUGAUCAAAAUAUGGAAUAUGUUGUGUCAUUGAUGUGGUAAAUAUAAAAGAUGAUGAUGCUCAUAGUGUUUGUGAAAGCACAGAGCAAAUGUUGACUGCAACCCUGAAGUCUAUUAAAUGCUGAUAUCGAAUCCUCUCGGUUUUAUCACUGCAGUUGUCCAUGAUGACACCAGCUGGGUAAUCAAUAAUAACAGUAACUACAGUAAGUCCAAAGCUUUUUAAAUGUAUAAAAGCUGAUUAACAUCUAAUCAGCUUUUAUAACCAAGCUGUCUUUAAUAUUUCAAGGGGGGAAAUUUCUGCAGUUUAAGCCGUUUAUAUGUUUUACAUCGAUCGAAUAAAAUAAAUUUCUUCAGGCUCAUCAGGAAACUCGGCAGGGAGCAGAUUCACUUCUGUCUGGGCUGACAUGCUCAAGUUUUACUAAACAUCGGUUAUUCCUUGAAAACACAGUGAAUACGUCCCAACUGAUUAUUCCAGAAUCAGCUGGUUUUAUUUAUUUAUUUUUUCAAGUUACAGGCUCACAGUGGAUUCGUGGCAGGAACAUCAACAGGGCUGAAAAAUUAAUUUAGGGUAUAAUAAAAAUGACAUCAAUUUUACACCAAAUCAUCAACACCAUCAAUACCACGACUACAAUCUUUUAAUUUCAAUGGGAGAAUCAACCAAAAAGAAAGAAAAAAAUUCCAUAAAUGUUAUAAACUGGUUUACAUGUUAGUGAGUGAAAUAAGUAUUUCAUCCCCAAGCAAAACAUGACUUAGCGCUUGAUGGAGAAACCCUUAUUGGAAAGGACAUCGGCAAGAUGUUUCUUGUAGUUGGUCACCAGGUUUGCAAACAUCUCAGGAGGGAUUUUGACCCACUCCUCUUUACAGAAGCUCUCUCAGUAGUGUUUAUUGGCUGCUGCCUGACAACUCUUUUGUUGCCGUGCUCGUAUGUUUUGGGCCAUUGUCAUGAUGGAAAACCCAUCCAUGACUCAUCUUCAGUCCUCUGGCUGAGGGAAGGAGGUUCUCGCCCAUGCACGUGGCCCCUCAAUGCUUCUUCUUUGUGUUAUAAUCAUAUAAUCUCUUCUAUAGUUGAUGCCAGAGAGCUUGAUUUUGGUUUGAUCUGGCUGCAGCACUUUCUCCGGCGUUUCUAACGGCGUUACUAACGACGUUACUUCUUUCAGUAACGAGUAAUCUCACUAA